AUGGGCGCUUCUGUUAGUGAUGGUACUGUAGAUUCCGUUGGUGGCACCAAAGAGUUGGUUAGCGAAAGAAUGAUGAACUGCGCCGUUUUAGUCCGGCGGAACAGAGUGACGGGCAAUGUGCAAGAGAAAGUGGUGGCGCACAAAUUAACCAAUUCUUGGGUUUGCCCUCCAGCUGUGGAUGAAGGAGAAAAGUGGCAUGAGACUGGCAAUGAACAGAUGGCAUGCUUCGGAACUUGGAAAACCAUGGUUUAG